AUGGAAUUAUCUGUUUUUGUUGCUAGAAAAGAUGGGAUUUUCAAAGAGGGUCACCUGAAUGAACUGAAAAAUCCUCCUGCAACGGAAGCUGCAAUCGGUCUGAAAAAUACUCCUCUUUGUGAAUUUUCAAAUAAAGCUCUCCUACAAGAAGUUGUCAGCGGCGAAGACAGUUCUUUGCAUGCGUCUAAAGUUGUUGCGGUACAGGACAUGGGGGAAAAUUUCAAUGAAGCUGGUGCUUCUGCUCUUUACGACUUGUUUCGUAGCCUUUGUCGAGUAAGGAAUGCUUUCUGGUUAUCACGUGCGUUCAAAGUUAAGGAAGCUGCAACCGGCGAAAAGUUUAAUCCAGCCUUCCAAUUUUCAAUAAUGCCAUAUCGGUUAGCCGGGGAGGCUCGCCACCUUUGUUCUCUUACACUUCCCGAUCAAGCAAAACAGUACGUUUAUGAAGGUUCAAGCGAAGCAGUCGGGAAGUAUAAUGUUCUUAGAGAGGCACUGAUAGAUCUUUUCCAACGUAAGAUGUUUGAGCCGAUGUCAAAUGAACAGCAUGGAUCUUGUGAUAUACCAGGCUCCUCUGUAACAAAGCGAAGGACACAGGAGUCGAAUUUAGAAAAAUCUAGAAGCGGAUUAAACAAUAUUACAAGUGGAGGAUGUUUAUCUGCUUUGACGGGAGAGAACGUUUUUUUGAAAGAACUGGAGGAUAUUCAGCUGCAUUUACAAGAUGCUAGGAGACAGAUCAGAACUCUCAACGAUGUCAUUGAGACGUUGGCCCGAAAAUACUACUUGUUGAGGACACGACUUCAUGAACUGGAGGAGAUGGUUCCGGACAAAUGCUGUUUCCAAAAUAUGAAAGAUUUGAAGCGCUUCAAAAUGGAGGGAAUGAGAAGUGUUGCAGAAGUUGCGAGACGCUUUUUGAAAACCUACUUGGUGCGGCUGGUCAACCUCCGUUUGGAUACGGAUCGGGAGUUCUCUGGAAGAGUUGAUUUUGCAAGCCAGUACAAUUGGUGGACUUUUGCACAAACUUUGGGCAAAUAA